AUGGAUGCUCCGUCGACAUCCUCGGGAGCACAAAGCAAACUUCUGAUGCCUGGAGAUGAUGAAGCUGACGAAGAUCAUCAGAAUAGAGGGGAUCCGAAUCUACAGCAGAAACAGAAAAUUCAGCUUAAUGUGGAUCCGGAUUAUGACGACGAUGAGGAUGACGAUUGCUUCAUUGACGGAUGUGAAGCUUCGGCUCCAAUUACUCGAGAAUUAGUUGAUGGAGCUAUUGAGAGGCGCUCAAAAGACAGAAAUGUGAAAAUGUCGAUUGGAGUGUACGAUGAAUACGAUGACGAUGAUGAUGAUGAAGAAGAAACUGAAGAAGAUCAAAGGAGACGAUUUGUUGAAGGAAUUCGGAAUAUUAGGCAUAAACAACAAGAGAGUUUUGACUUGGAAGAGCAUCCAAUACCAGUAGAAUCUGAAGCAAUGCGUCAAUUUAUCAAUCAACAAGUGAAUAAUGCAAUGAUGUUUAAUCAGGAUAAUUCGGAAUUUCAGCACAUUGAAUUCGAGCCAAUUGUGAAGCAAAAAGGACCGAAAAUAAUUGAAGGAUACAUGUGGGGAGGACAAAUUGGUACAGGAUCAUAUGGAAAAGUGAAAGAAUGUAUUGAUAUGUAUACACUUACACGACGGGCCGUCAAAAUUAUGAAAUAUGAUAAAUUACGGAAAAUUACGAAUGGAUGGGAGAAUAUUCGAAGUGAAAUGUCGAUUUUAAGGCGGAUGAAUCAUAGGAAUGUUAUUAAAUUGAUUGAGAUCUUCAAUAUUCCGGCUAAGGGAAAAGUCUACAUGGUAUUCGAGUACUGUAUUGGUUCAGUUCAACAACUUCUCGACAUGGAACCGGCUCGACGUCUAACCAUCGGAGAAUCUCAUGCAAUUUUUAUUGAACUCUGUCAGGGACUCAAUUAUUUACACUCGAAACGUGUAUCGCAUAAGGACAUUAAACCCGGCAAUUUGCUCGUUUCUAUCGACUUUACCGUGAAAAUUUGCGAUUUUGGAGUUGCAGAGCAGAUUAACUUGUUUCAGAGAGACGGACGAUGCACAAAAGUCAACGGGACCCCGAAAUUUCAGCCGCCUGAAUGUAUUUAUGGAAAUCAUGAUUUUUUUGAUGGCUACAAAGCGGAUAUGUGGAGUGCAGGUGUCACCCUGUACAACCUGGUUUCUGGAAAAUAUCCAUUCGAAAAGCCUGUUCUAUUGAAAUUGUAUGAAUGUAUUGGAACUGAGCCACUACAAAUGCCAACUAAUGUUCAAUUGACUAAGGAUCUACAGGAUUUGCUCACAAAACUUCUGGAAAAAGACUUUAACGAGCGUCCAACGUGUCUCGAAACAAUGAUUCAUCCAUGGUUUCUGUCAACUUUCCCAGAGGAUCAAGGCCUUGGCCGUAUAAUGGAGCGAAUGAGAACAGGAGAUCGACCAUUAACAAUGCUUUCAAGUAUGACAGCAUUAUAUGAUGGAAUAACACCUGAAGAUGAAUUAAUUAUUGAAGAUAAUCUUGGAAUUAUACAACAAAUUUUACCCAUUAAUUUGACUUCUGAAGCAGUCCUCGAACGUGGCUCAUUUCCCGGCUUCAAAUUUCUCGAAGCAAAACCCGGAGAUGGUCCUGACGGUGUCGAAGGAUCCGAAGAUUCGGCAGCACCUCUGGGACCUCAACGACGUCCCUCAUCCCGAUCAAUGCCAACGUGUGCACCGCCCGGUCCAGCAGCUGGAAAUGCUCAAAAUUCGACUGCUGAAAAUGGUGCUGAAACUGAUGGUGUUGCUUCAGCUUCAGAUCCUCCUCCUACUGCUGCUCCUGGAGCUCCACCGCGACGCCGAAAACGCAACUUUUUCUCGUGUAUCUUUCGUUCUCGUACCGAUAGUGCUUAG